CGCGAGACGGGCCGAUGCUCAGCGCGGCUGCCGCGACCGGAGCGAGAUCAGAGUCGCCGGCGUUCCCCGUCCACCGGGUACCAGGGAAUUCCCCGGGCGGCCUGCUAGGGAAAUGAUCCUCAUGGAGUCUCGGACGCCCGCCGACGGCCCCGGGAAGGUCCCCAGCAAGCUGCCGGGCGCCUCCUCCGGCGCCGCCUCGGCGUCCUCCGCCAGCGCGACCAAGACUUCGGGGACGACGACGACCCGGAGUCCCCAGUGCGCCCGGUGCCGGAACCACAACCGAAAAGUGGCCGUGCGUGGCCACAAGCGCUACUGCCCGUACCGCAUCUGUGUCUGCCCAAAGUGCAAGCUGAUCGCCGAGCGCCAGGUGGUCAUGGCGCAGCAGGUCGCGCUGCGUCGGGCCCAGGUCCAAGACGAGGCGAGCGGCCGAGCAGUGUUCGAGGAGGUCGACCCCAAGAGCCUGCUCGACCAGCCGCCCCCGACGGACGUGGUCAAACCGCCGGCCCUGGUCAGCACGGCAAACUCGUUCGCCGCCAACGACUACGCUGGCAGCCACCACCGCAGCCCUGAUGUCCUCAUCACAGCAGUGGCCGGCCUAUCGGGAGAGUACUUCUGGAACACAACGCUACCGCGGCUGCACCCCAGCAACCUGCGGUUGGUGAACUUGCCUCCACCGCUGGCUGCAGCCCACCACCCGGCUGCUGCUCCGCCGCCGGUCUCACCGGCCUUUCCAUGGCCGUACACACCGGGCCCAUACGUCGACCCGCACAGGCAGCCGACAGCCCACCCGUCGUUCGCUCUGCCCCCGGCCCCACCGGCGCCGUACGUGCUGCCGGCAGCCGCGGCCCCACCACACGCCGCCUUGGGCCUGGCUACGCCGCUGUACGAGCCCCCGACUGUGGUGGCCAAGCCGCCACCGCCGCCACCUCCACUGGCAAGCUUGGUGACCUCGGCGCCCCUGUACGACGCCGCGGCCGCCGUGGUCGCGGCCACCGCGAGCAGCGGCGCCGGCCUCAGUGUCGUGGGCGGCGCGACCAGCGGCGGUAGCGGCAGCGGUAGCAGCAGCGCCAGCCGGCUCACGCCCGAGCUGCAGGCGGUUGCGGGCAGUCCAGUGCCGCUGGACUACUCGUCCCAGGCGGCCUUCGGCGAGGAGUACAUCGACGUUCAGGGAACCGCCACCCCCGGACUACCAGGACACUCCUGAAUGUGGCUGCAGCUGCCGGAGCCGCAUUUAGACGGGUGACGUGUGAGAAGAGAAACGCAUCUCACGUGACUACUCCCAGGGCUUUUUCAUUGCGUCACGAUUCAUCCCUACGUCGUUUCGUUGGCUGUGAUAAGGCGCGGGUAACGAGCACGUGAGGAGUCUCGGCUGCCUCUCUUUUGUGGUACUCCCCCACGCGCGGAUCAGAUUUUUUGUUUCUUUGCUGCUUUGCUACUCUCUUCUACUUCCUCUGAAACAUAUUCCUUUCAGUGAUUUCUGAGUAUGAAUCGGAAAUGUUCUGCGGAGACCAUCGGCUCCUACUUGAGUUAGAGCACCUCUUAGUUCGCGUUAAGCUUCCCUGCUGACGCAACUUCCGCCACCGUUCUCUUCUGGUCAGUGUGGGGAAGCAUAGCUUAGAAAGUAAGCGCACAGGGAGUGACACGGUUUCACUGCACCGAACUUUGAAGCCAUGCAGUCUACGCGUGUUACGCGAUUUGCUUCCUGUUUCCCUCUGGGCUAUUGGCGACAGGUGGUGAUUUUAACUACAAUAGUGGUCGGUGGUGACUGCGGAGGUAUUUCGCUGUAUCUGGAAGUCCGAGUGGAAGUUCUGGCUUCAGAACUUUGAGCCCAUGAGGAGUAUAGUCUACGCGGGCUACGCGAGUCAUUUCUGGGCUCUCUCAGAACUAUUUGUGAUAGGCGGACGUCUUAACUAUGCCUGAUGAUGAGUGGUAAUUGCAGAUAUAUUUCGCUACAGUUGAAGCCCGAAUGAAAAGUUCUAGCUUUUGCACAAAUCGUGCGCACGUCAUUUCGCUUUUCUAAAAAAAAGACCACGCUGUGAGUACCACGGAACGGAAGGUGCACGACGGUUUCCUAGCUAGCCGGCACUUUCUACCGACAUUAUAGUAAACAGCCAAUGGUUGUGACGCGGCCAACUUAGAUGUAAGCGAAUCGCGCUAUUCACUCGGCGUGUACUCCAAUGCCGUCUGAAUUUUCUGACACUCAUUCUCGCAUCGCUUUGUCUCGCUCAGUAGCUUGCCAAGACAACCGCUUGGCAAGCAAAUGAAGGGUCAGUUAAAGAAUUUCUACGGGGGUGAGGUCACUCCACACAUGGACUAACUGCAAAAGUGGAGUCCUGGUGUUUCUAUGUUAGGGUGUUUACUUGCACUGAAAAGAAAACUGAAUGCAAUGCUUAUGCGGUUUGUAGUGGGUGCAAUGCGCAUGUGGCGUGCGUGGUUUCAGAGGGCGCUAUGAACACUUAUACUGUUGUCACGGAGCUUUGUCAGUUUAGUUCGUCGUGCUACUGUCUUCGUGGAUUCACGGUGGUAGCUGACGUGUGUACACUUAGUCGCCAUUCUGGGCUUACGGUUGCAGCUUGUUUCGGUUCACUGUUGGCGCCCGUGCUAUAGGUACACCGGACGCAAUUUGAAGAAGAAAAAGAUGACGCGAGAUCCAAGAAGAGUGUCUGGCAUGAGAAACCACAACUUCCCUACGAGGCAUGACUACAGAUAGCACACCAGUGUUCUCGACUGUGCGAUUGUCGUUCCGCGUUGUUCUCGUUUACAAGGAACGGAGUUUCGAAAGCUGACAUCUUUUGUACGGAGUGCAAAAGUGCACACUUAAAAAAGCGCGUCGAUAUACCUCAACCUCGUCUCGGUGUCCACUCCACACCAGCCACUGAGGUGCUGACACAUUUCCUUUGAUGCAUACGAGAGAAUGUUUUAUCACGAAGCGUCCCCACUGCAAGUCACUACAGCAGCGUGGCAGGCAAGGAAGUUGCCGCGUAUGCAAUCUCAUCACCCAACAAACUUAAUCAUGACUUCGCGAGAACGUACACGCGACAUGUAACUGAUUUUUUUGGUUCAGUAUGAAGCGAUCGAAUGGGUACGAUUUUAACACCGAAGGAGGCACUGUGAUCAGUUAAGAAAAGAGUCGGAUCGAAGCCUCUACAAUACAACUUAUAAAAUAAGAAUUCCAGAACUAUGCUGUCAAUUUGAGAAGGAGAGAUAAGCGUAGGAUAACGCUAGAUGGCCGCACGACACCUGACUUUAGGACAAGGAUGAGAUCCUAAUGUCAUCCAGGAGAAGGGAUAGAAGAAAGAACAGAAAACAGAUUUGAAUGCUGGGGUGCGAGAUUGCCGAUAAGAAGGAUUAUGGAGCACGACUAAAGCGUGCGUAGUAUUUGCGAUGCUUUUAAGACGAUGAACUGCUCGCGGUCGUUCCUGGCCUCCGUUGUGUGAGCGUUUGUUGUGCCAAGAGGUCCAGAUUACAACAUUAUAAGGCUCAUUAACGCACAUUUAUAGCCCUGAAUGUACUGACAUGCAGAAAUAAGCGGGACAUGAAUACCAGCACUAAUGUUACGCUAGGCACGAACAAUGUGCACCGGUACUAGGGUUUAGAAGGUGUGCAUUAGCUUGCUAGGCCUUGCCAUGCUGAGUAUUUUAGAUCGCUGAUCGCUGGAUGGCUCUAUCUUUCAUUUCAUCACUCAAAACAUUACGCAUCAUGUAGGCUCUUCAUGUUUUCGCCGUUAUUUCGUCAUGUCGAAAACCGAGAUUGAGUCUCUGGAUUUACAUCUGCAGAAAUAAGCCUUGCGACCACGUUUGCGCACGAGUGUGACGGCUAAUCGUCACCUCACGUCACGCUUGGUCGCAGAUGACACGCACAAUUUUGCAGCUGACACCAUCUUCAUUCACUGCGCCAUCUGUCGUGACGCAGAACAUAGUAACAUAUUAGUAGCGUUUCUUGUGCUGUGCUUGACCGAUAGGUGUUCGUAUGCUAGCUGUACGUCGUAGUUCUUUUUUUAUGUUCAGCGCUGUCGUAUGGAAACCGCUUUUCGUGCGUUGCUUUGACAAGCGAUUAGCAGACGUACAUGUACGGGCUGGUCCAGUCAACAGAGUCAACAAUUGAUAACACUUGCAUGUUUCACUCGGAGUAAGCAGCGUGGACUUUGGUCGUGCAGUACACUUGGCACUUACAGGCACCACGAAUGACUAUAUUCCCACAAGAUUUGGCAAAAUCACUGUCUUCACGGCACUUUUUCAUCGCGAUUUCCAAGCGCAACAUGUUUGCAAGGCUAUCCGUAGUUAUUUUUCUUUGAUACGAGCGUAGGUGCCACUAACUAUUCAUGUUAUUACCUAUCCAUCAACAACGGCACUGGUAAAGAUAAUCUCGCCGAAUCAAAUGGCAAGAAAUGUUAGCAAGAUACAAGCCCAGCGUUGAGGUUAUCCACUUCGCACUGUCCACAGCUACAGUUUCCUUUUGUUUGUAAGCGGCGAGAACA